AUGGCGGUAAUUUGUCGCCUUGCAGCUUUCUGGACUCGAGUUCAGCCAGCUAUAUUUGUCAAUCCAUCUGAAGAAGGUUCUGCUGUAUUUCCUAUCAAGGUGGGAUUCUCUUGCAAAGCUGCCGCCGCAAGCUUCAGGGAAAAAAUGGAGAUUGCCUGUUCAAACACCAAACGACUUGUGUCACUCCGGCAUCAACAUCAUGUUGUUGUUUUCGAUGAAAACUGCCAAGCUGACUCUCAAGUACGUGACCUGGAGAACGAGAUUCAGCAGACGACCACAGCAAUCACAGAGGAAACAAGCAUGAGUUACUGCUGGGAGAUGGUGGAGUUUGUGCAGAGAAAUGUUGGCAAGCUUGCAGCUCAUCCUUUCAGAUCACCUGCUGAUGCUGAUGAACGAAAACGGAGGCAUGACUUAGCAGUGAUGUUGCACAAUCUUAAUAUUGUUCUGCAGCUGGUGAGGUGGCCCAGCUCUCUGGACAUCGCUAUGCUCUACAGAGUAUCAGAUACCAAAGCAAGGCUUUCGGGGUCAUAUGGUCGUUUCUGA